UACCCUUCCUCAGUUCGUCAUUUUGAAUUCCAACCAUCGAAGUCAAACCUUCUACUCACAGCACAUUGCAAGUUGGUUGCAGAAGAUAAAUAUGCUCAGUGCCAAUCGACUGCAUUUCUCCGACGAGCACCGAUUCGUGUACAACAAAAUCCCCAAUUUUAUUUUGGUUAAUGGAUACAAGAACAAAUUUGUAGUGUUGCUUACCGUGGUCACAGUGGAAAACGGCGCGAGAAUGAUGAAAAAAAAGGGGGAAGUCGCGUAUUAAUGUUUCUGCAAUUUUGAAAUAAGAAAAAAACCCUAGGGGCAUAUGAGUCAUCUUGUAUCUCUUGAACUAAAAAAAAAACAAACAUCUGAAUAAGCAUGGAUUAAAUAUGUAUAUUUUACAACCAAACAACUGUAAAUGGUAAGAAUCAUGCUUCUGCCGAUUAUAAACCAAAUUGAAGCCGAACCUAUUAAAAACCCAUCAUAAUAACUAAACGACUCCUUAUAAUUUACCAAACAAAAGUAACUUAUAAACUGGGUUGAAUUGUGUUUUCAAUGCUACUAGAAGCAAUUUUAGAGAUAAAAAUAUUUUUUUAUGGACUAAUAGGUCGAGAAUUUAAGGCGAUGAAUGUGUGUAUAAAUUGAAAAUACUAGUAUUAUUUAUGAAGUUUGUAUUAAUAUAUGAUAAUGAUAUAUAAAAGAUAUGAGAAGAUUGCGAUCUCUUGAUGUGGCCAAAAACAAACCUAACAAUUCCUCACAUCACUUUCAUGAUUCCCCUAUUUCGAUCACAGCCUCACACACUAUUUAUUGUUCGCACAAACAAAACCAAAAUCACAUUGUAGUAGUAUUUUAAGAUUAAAUAUAAUGGACACAACAACUAUCUUCGUAUUAUAAUUAUUACUUGACAGCACCAAUAUAUACAUAUAAUGAUGCCCAAGAUGAUGUAACAACACUUUUUUAUCAGUACUUUAAUAAAUAAAAAGAAUCAUAACUUUAAGAUGAUGUUACAAUACUUUUUUAGUACUACUAGUACUUCAAUAAAUAAAAGAGAAUCAUAACUGCAAACUGAUAUCUGAUUAAUUAUGUAAUUCUUAAAAUUAAAAUAUAAAGUACUAACUUUUAGUGUACUUAAUCGUCCAAUAAUAUUCAAAUUUUAAAUUAAUAAAUAAAAUCAAGUAUAACAACAUAAUGACAUUGUUUUUUAAUUAAAUGUCAUCAUUAUGCUAAAUAUAUCUAAAACCAUGCGAUUUUAUUAUUAUUUCAUAUGUUAAUUUCAAUCUCAAUCAUCACAGGAUAAUUAUGAAAUAUUAAAAGUCUCACUUUAUAUUUUGGUUUUAGAAAUUAUGAGAUCGAGCAGAAAUCAGAAAAAGUUAUGAUUCAAAAAAUAGGAAUGGGAUAAAAGUGAAUAAAGUAGUAUAGGAAAACAGAAACAAACCUAUAAAAAAUAUAGUGAUCAUUAUUUUAUUUUAUUUUUUCAUUGUGUAUUGUCAUUUAAUAAAAUGAUUCAUUAUUUAAAAAUGAAAGAGUAUAAAAAAGAGAGAUAUAAAUCAUUGUUGAGGCAGCAAUGGAGGAGUUGUUGGAAGACAGACGGUCAACCGCCAUGUCCACCGGCAACCCCUCCUCUCCCUCCACUCUCCGCUUCCUCGGCUUCACCACCCCACCCGAAUCCGACCCGCUCGAGCUCCACGAGAGCGACGUCGUCUGGUCCUUCUCCGUCUCCCCCGCCGCUCCUCCACCGCCGCCGCCGCAACACCACCACCGCCGCCGCCACAAUUUUAAUCCGGCAACCUCCGGUCUGUCCGUCGCCCUCUCCGACGACCACCGCCACCUCAUCCGCCGCAAAUCCACCGUGAUGCUCGCUCCGGCGGCGAGGCAGGAGGAGAUUCCCAAUCCUCCGUCGAGGCUUCACCAAUCGGCGCCGAUGAACGUGCCGCAGUGGCCGAAGGAGCUCCGCCGCAGAUGCAUAAACACCGAUUUCAACGGGAUCGACGAGGCGGAGGACGACGGCGCCGCCGAUGAGGAGGAGGAAAUUGUGCCUCCGCACGUGAUCGUGGCGAGGUCGCACGUGACGUUCUCGGUGUUUGAAGGCGCCGGGAGGACGCUCAAGGGGCGCGAUCUGCGCCGCGUCCGCAACGCUGUGUUUCAGAAAACAGGUUUUAUCGAUUGAAAUUUGGGGUGAAAUUGAACGAAAAUAAGCUAAAUAAAUUAUUAGCUGCGAUUUUGACGAUGAAUUUCUGUUGUAAUUUGUAAUUUAUUUAUAUAUUAUGAAUGCUAUGAACAUGUUCGUGUUGGGGAAACAA